AUGGCAGACGUUAGAGAGACGGCAGAGGAAAGGAAAGAUUCGGACUCUCAGACUGACACAGAACCAGUUCCGGAGCUUCCAUGCCCUCACAAAUCCUCUAAAGAUGACGACGCUUCUGUUCUGCCAGAGUGUUUGUCCUCAGACACUCAUGAAAGCCCUUUAAAUGGAGCCCACCCGAAUGCAUUUGUCCAUGACAGUAUUCCUGAUGCUCCCAGCAUGUGUGAGUCUGCGCCUCCAGGAACACUUGUUAAUGGACCUGCUUCACACCACAGCUCAGAGGAGCUCGACAUAUCCAACAAAGAUGGCAGUGUCCCAAACGAACCCCCAAGGCCGGUGAAGGAGGACACAGGCCCGGAUGUGCCACAGCCCUCCGGUGAGCUUCAAUCAGACUCUAAGAAAAAAGCAGAGCGGCCCAUUCAGAACAUAACACCCUUGGGUAAACCUUCUGAAUCUGAUGACAGCGAGUCAGAACUGCCCCAUGGCAUUCUACCUGAGGAUAAGCUUGAGAACAUGCCAAUCAGCCAACUUUGGAUGAGGAAGGGGAAAAAGAGUCGAUCCAUUUGGGACUUUGACUCCGGGAGUGAGUCCUCAGAAAGUUCUUCUGAAGGCCUUGAUGACCUGAACUGGGUCAAGCGAGAGGAGUUUAUGACAUUCUUAAUGAAUGGCAGAGUAGAGGGUGGAAGCGUACAGAAGAAAAUGGUGGAUGAGCUUCCAACUGCUAGUCAUAGAAAGAGAAGGAGAAAAACGCAUAUAGCCAGAAGAAUGGGCACACCAGAAAAACUUUACAACAAUCUCAGCCAUGGUGCCCUAACUGAAGACAGUUCCGAUUUCGAUUUGUUCGUUAACAAAGAACUUGGCUUCGGGAAAAAGCCUGGUUUGACAGCUUGCGCAGAUUCAUGCCUUGAAAAUUUCAGCAAUGAAACAGCCGUCAUCAAAGAGCUCGAUUUCAGAGAACAAGAGGAAAAACAGAAUGACAGAGGGAGCGACAUCGGAGAAAGAAACACCUACGCAGGUGGCAAACCUGAGCUGAUUAAGACAAAAUCAACAUCGUGCUCCAAGCAGGAGCCCUCAUUCUUUCCAUGCACUAAGUGUAAUGUUAAGUUCAAUGAGAAGAGGCAUUUGCAUAGGCAUAUGAUGUAUCAUUUAGAUGGGAAUAAUCAGGCAAGGCUUGAGAACACCCCGCGGCCAUUCAUCUGUAGGGAGUGCGGGCGCUCGUUCCGCGAUCGCAGCUCUCUGCAGAAGCACAUGGUAAUACACCAAGCAAGGAGAGAAAGAUUGAUUGAAGAGAUUAGGGGUUUAAACAAGCUCCGGGAUGAGGGCAGAGGAGCCAGAUUACAGUGUCCACAGUGCAGCUUUGGCACAAACUGUCCCAAAACGUUCAUUCGGCACGCCAAGAUGCAUGAGAAGGACAAACGCUACUACUGCUGUGAGAACUGUGACCACGUGGCUGUGACCAAACUGGAGCUGGAGGCUCACCAGCGAGUGGCUCACUUUCAUCACAGUCAACCCAGACCUCCAAAGACUUCAUAUUCCUGUACAAUGUGCAAUUUCAGCACUCAAAACAGAAAUGUUCUCAAAAAGCACAUUGAGCUCAUUCACCAACAAUCAUAUGACGACGAUUGUGAAUUUGAGCCACAGAAUCAGGAAUCUGAGCCCUAUAUGUUUGAACAAGACUCUUCAGUGCACCAGACCAAAAAUGCUGAAUCACCUCCUCUUCCACUUCAGCCAGAACUCCGUGCAGAGAUGCAUACUCUCAGGAAAGAUGCUGAUUCAUCCUUUUGUGCCAAUGGAAUUGCGGACCAUUUUGAGAGAAAUAGAGUCACUCAAAAAGCCUGUGAAGGUUUCAGCUCUUCUCUGAUCAAAUGGAGCUUUAGCAGCUCAGCAAAGACAAGAAGUAAGUCUUUCCAGAGAUCUGACAAGUCAAGCAAAUUAUCUCUUCAGCAUACAGAAAAAAUAGACGUGACUACAGGUCUACCCUAUUUUGAAGAGGACAAUGGAAACUCAUCCUUAGAGAAGAAGACAAAAUAUGUCUCAAGCUCUCACGUUUAUCCUCCAACCAGAACUGAUAUUUUUGGCAAAGGAACUUCUCCAAGAUACGUGGCCAAUCACUUUCAUAGAUCUCCAUCGAAGAGAAAAAUGUCAAUUCCCUAUCGCAAUACGUCAGAAAAUGUACCUUACAGACUUCUACCAAAAUGCAAGCCAGUGUCUUCAGAUUUCACCUCAUCCAGUCACAGAGAAGUAGACCAUAAUGAGGACAUCUACGAUUUCAGAGAAUGUUCCAGUGAAACUACUUUAAAGUUUCAGGACAGCAGAAAAAAUGAACAGAGCUCUUACACCCCCAGUUCUGUCAUUCAUAGACAGGGGAUUGCAUCAACAGGGCACACUUACCCCUCCAGCCAAUACUCUGACAAACUGGAAGAAGACAGCAAUGAAAUUCAGACAUUGAUUGUGAAGGAAGAAUGCAUCGAGAGGGAGGUGAGCGAGAGCACUCCAGAUUCGUGGGUUCAUCAAAAAGAUCCCUACGUAGACUUUGAUAUUCACCCCGUUUUUGAGAUUGAGAGGAAGGCUUGCCCUUAUUGUCCUGCCAUGUUUGAGUCAGGAGUGGGGUUGUCCAAUCACGUGCGAGGUCACCUACACAGGUUGGGGCUUAGCUACGAUGCCCGUCAUGUGGUGUCACCUGAGCAGGUGGCCUCUCAGGACCGUCACCCACGUAUCCGCCGAAAAUUGUCCUCAACCUUCCGGAGAACGAAGAAAACCGAGAAAUCAGAAGCACAGACAGAGCACACCUGUCCAUUAUGCUGGGGCUGGUUUGACACUAAAACUGGCUUGUCAAACCACGUGCGGGGUCACCUGAAACGGAUUGGUCGUCCCAUCUUGAGUACCAGCAAGUCACCGUUGUGCAUCUUGAACGAGCUGCUCCAUGACGAGAACGAACGGCAGAACAUUCUGCGGGAACUGAGAGGAAAACAGCAUCUUUCACGGCCCUUCGUGUCCCAGAAGUUUGCAGGAAGUGACGGUCUCUUCCUCACACCCAUAGGUGUUCCAGUGAAGAUCCAACAUGCGACUGCUGUGCCUGGCACUGGCAGUCGGGGUGAUGCAGAGAGGAAGAAGAGGUUGGAGGAAGAGGUGAAGGACAGUUGUGAGCCACCAUCAAGCACUUUAGUGGAGCUGUUAAAGAGGAGGAAGUUGGAUGGAGAAAUGGAGCUUAGAGAUGAAACUCUUGCUGACAGAAAACAAAACAUUGGGACUGGCACGCAGGGUUUACGGCCAGAUCCCAACUGGAGUCAAGAGAGGAGUGAAAUUAAUAAAAAGGUCUGCAUCCAUUGCAACGCAACUUUCCAUAGUGCAGUCAGCCUGUCCAAUCACCUUCGAGCGUACACGCGCAGACAGAGGAUUGCCAUGUUGGAAGGAACUACUUAUGACUGUAAACAGAGGAAGCCUAGAUCAAGAACUGGGCCAAAAAAGAAGAUAUUCCACACACCACUCUCAGCAUCUGAGGAGAUCUACAGACUGACCUGCAGGUUCUGUGAUUUAGUCUUUCAGGGUCCACUCUCUGUCCAGGAGGACUGGGUCAAACACUUGCAGAGACACCUUAUGCACACUAGUGUCCCACAGAGUGGGGCUGCCAUGGUGGAGGUGACAGCCGUAUGUACUGAGCUUUCUCCCCCUCCACCUGAACGACUGCUCCUGCAGAGACACACUCCUCCUCAGCUGCCUCAGGGGGUCACUUAA